AUGUUCCGCGUCCGCGCCGACAUUUCCGCCGAGGUUGAAAAGAACAACGUCCCGCCCUUUGACUACGCCGCCGCCCGUGCUCACGUGCGCGCCCGCGACGAAGACCUCUUGCGGCGUGACUGCGACGCCAUGAUUGCAAAUAUGCGCGCCCCGGAUGUGUCCAAUCUCAAGUACGGCGUGACAAAUAUCCCCGUGCCGAACAUGAAUGUGGCCGUGACGUAUGUGCCUGUCGGGUCACCGCGCGAAUUCGCCGCGGCGGAGGUCAUGAAGGUGAUUGCUGCUGCGGCGGGCGACUUGGUUGGGUUUGAUAGACAUGUGCGCAGCAGAAGGGCAAUUAUCAAGAAGCAGAUUCAGGAUGCGGAGGCGGGGGCAGCGGGGAUGGACAUCGACUAG